GCCGGCGCCUCGCAGCGGCCGACGGACAUCCCGCCGCGACGCUCCACCAACAUGCUCACCCGGGUCAAGUCCGCCGUAGCUGGAUUCAUGGGUGGAAUUAUGACUGGGGGUAGCACCGGCGGAGGGGGCAACCCUUGUUCCGAGCUGCCGCUGAAAUUCCCAUAUAUGAGACCUGAGUUCCUUGGACUGUCCCCGGAUGAGAUCGAGUGCUCCGCUGACCACAUAGCACGGCCCAUUCUCAUCCUGAAGGAAACCGGGAGGUUACCGUGGGCCACCGGAUACGCAGAGGUGAUUAAUGCUGGUAAGAGUGCACUGAAUGAGGACCAGGCAUGCUGCGAGGUGGUAGUAGCUAGAAGGAGACCAGUGAGUUAUUGCCCUCCCUCCACGCCCAGCAAGACCCCUAUCGCCAAGAGAAGAAGCUCCCUGCCCAAUGGAGAGGGCCUGGGGCUCCGCAUGGUGCACAGCAAGCUGGGAGAGGAGAGCGAGGGACUUGUGUUCCAUUACUGGGCCUUGUUCGAUGGUCACGCUGGCUCAGGCGCAGCAGUUGUAGCCUCCCGCAUGCUACAGCACCACAUUGCCUGCCAGCUCCAGGUUGUUAUUGAGAUCUUACGCAACCUGGCCCGCCUGCCCCCCACUGUGCUGGGGGAGGAGCCCGACAAAUGUCCCUAUCUCCAGGGAGACACCCCAGGCCCUCACCGUGCCCUGACCAGAGCUGCUUCACUUCGCGGGGCUGCAGGUGCGCCCGGUUCCCCAUGCACCACUCCACCCCCUCCUCGCUUCUUCACUGAGAAGAAGAUUCAGCAUGAAAGCCUGGUGAUAGGAGCCAUAGAGAAUGCCUUCAAAGAGAUGGAUGCCCAGAUUGAGAGGGAGAAACAAGUUUAUAACAUCUCAGGAGGAUGUACAGCUCUCACAGUGGUUUAUCUGCUAGGAAAACUAUACGUUGGGAAUGCGGGUGACAGCAGGGCUAUCAUUAUUAGAAACAAUGAAAUCAUUCCAAUGUCAACAGAGUUCACACCAGAGUCAGAACGGCAGCGACUCCAGUUCCUGGGUUUCAUGCAGCCUCACCUGUUAGGAAAUGAAUUCACACACUUGGAAUUUCCCCGGAGAGUACAAAAGAAGGAGGUGGGCAAGAGGAUGCUCUGCCGAGACUUCACCAUGAAUGGAUGGGCUUAUAAGACCAUUGAAGAUGAAGAUCUCAAGUUUCCACUAAUAUACGGUGAAGGGAAAAAGGCACGGGUACUGGCUACCAUCGGUGUCACACGUGGGUUCGGUGACCAUGACCUCAAAGUUCAUGACUCCAACAUCUACAUCAAGCCGUUCCUUUCCUGUUGCCCUGAGGUGAAGGUGUAUAACCUCAUGCAGUAUGAACAUGGAGCUGAUGAUGUUCUGGUAAUGGGAACAGAUGGACUCUGGGAUGUCCUUUCUAACCAGGAAGUAGCCGAGGCAGUCACUACUUUCCUCACCAACUGUGACCCUGAUGACCUGCACAGGUAUACAAUGGCUGCACAAGACCUGGUGAUGCGAGCUCGUGGCGUGCUGAGGGACAGAGGCUGGAGGAUCACCAACGAGCGUCUGGGCUCCGGAGACGACAUCUCGGUCUUCAUCAUACCACUGAUGUACGGGAAUCGUCAACCGUAAGGAGCCUGACAUAGGUGCUGUUGUUCAAGGACCUGAAGGGCAUGUAGGCUCUCAAAUCAACAGGACUGAUGAGCCCUGAAUAGAGUAUACCUUUUCAUUUUCUUCAGUGAAGUUUGCACAUUUGUAUUUUCCCAUGCCAGGUGGAACACAAAAAUUUGUUGGUGCUUCAUUUUUUUGUAGGAAUUCAGGAUUGAUCAGAUACAACAUUUACUCCUCACCGGAACUAAAGUCAGCAUUGCUUUGUUAGUUUAUUUUUUAAAACCUCAAAAAUAAAAAACAAACAAAAAUAACCUCUUUAACACAUAAUGAUUUAAUGUAAUUGGUGUCAUAAUAAUUUGGCCUACUAAAAGUGAAACAUUGAAUGUUGAAAGUGACAAGAGUUCCGUAAGACAGUGGAGGCGACUGUUCCUGAACUUCAGAAGAGAUGUGAAAGCUACAAUAUUCUUUUCCAAAGAGAAAAAGACCUCUGUCUUUCUUUCUUUCUUUCUUUCUUUCAUUUUCUGCACCUCUCACACUGUACAGUACUUGGCUCUUCCUGUUUAUACCCUCUUUUAGUUCCUUCUUCUUCCCUUAUACUAAACUUGUUUUAUAUAUAAAAAAAAAAAUACUCCAUCUUGUGACCGUGGACCGGGCUGACAAAUCGGUUGUGUUUUCCAUUUUGCCACAUGGGGCUUUGAAGGAUUCUUUUGCCGAAGAACUGCUUCCAAUUUCCUGAACAGAUAACAGAACUGACAAUGUGGACACAGAAGCAAAGAGAUGAAGAGCUGAAGUUUCCUCCUCAUAGUAGCAAGGCUGAUAAGAAUUCUUCUUAUACUCAGGUUGUUCUGUGGGUAUGUUAGCUAGUAACCAUAGGCAUUUUUUUUUCUUUAAAUAAGUCCAUGCCUGAGCUUCAUAUUUAAUACAGAUAAAAGAAUUGUGUCUAUUGUCUCAUCUAACGCUUGGCAAAUAAACUAAUUUCCCAAAUGCUGAGAUAUUUCUAAACACUGUGUGUCAAGAAUAAUUUUUCAAACUUAACUAAAUUCCCCAAAUAUGAAAAACAACCUCUUGAGACUCGGUGUUAGAUUAAAGGCUGACCUACAUCACUCACCAAGGAGCCGUGAUGAAGAUGUAAAUAUUCCCAGCAGCAGUGAAACUUAAAUUCAGUUCAUAAAUGUAAUUCGUAAAAAGUCAUAAAAUACUAAGUCCAGCUGAAGAAAACUUUGAGGGAGAAAAAAAUGGAAAGCUAUGUUUUGCUUUAACAUGUUUUGUAUGUUUCAUAAGCUUUAGAUGCUUGAUUUACUGUGUCAGUGCAUGCAGUUCCAUAUUGUAGGCCUGAGUUUAUGAGCUACUGUGCAAUAGUUUGCAGUGCUGUUUCUUUUAUAUAUGGACUGAAUUUGCAUUUAUGUAAUGUAUAAAAGAGUUUGUGGUAAUGUUAUUUGUUUGUAUAUGUGCAGAAAGUAUGCAUAUAUUUAUUAGGUUGAUUUUUUUAUUUCGCAUCUCAGACAUUUAGCCUCUAAAGCUCACCAUCAACAUGUUAUAUUGCGUUUGUUUGUCUGUUUAUCAUUGUAGCUUGGACUUUUUUUGCUGGCUGCUGACAAUUAUUAUCUGCAUUCCUCCAAGCAGCAGCUAUUUGCAUUUACCUGAAGUUCACAGGGUGCAUUUUUCUUCCUGUGCGUUCAGUCAAGGAACUAUUUAAUUUGGAAAUGAUGUAUUGCAAUGCAUUUUAUUGGGAUGUGCUAUCGUACCUCUUGAGUUGCAUCUGUUCUUCCAUCAAGUAAGCUGUUUGACAGUUACCAAGUUUUUGAACUCGCUCUCUAUUUAAUCAUGAACUGAAUGUCCCGUUUUACAGUAGUUUUGUGUCACAAUUAUCCUGCUGCCACCUAAGCUUUGUUUUAUGCACUCCAGUUCAAGAGAACGAACAAUCAGACUUUAUUCCACAUAGAGAGUGAAUGUUUUGAACUAGGAGCAUUUAAGAUAAAGUGUGAAUUGAGAAUGUGUUGAAUGUUCAUCCUUCUGCUUGUCAUUAAGCCAUUUUCUCUUAGAUGAAUGUCAAAGAAUGAAUAUAUUAUGAAUAUUACGAAUAUAUUCUCAUCCUCUUUGUCACCCAGCUGCUGUUCAUUGACUCAGGUUCAACAGUCGUGUAGUUAAAGUGGUUUUAGAGUGGUUUUCUAAACACAGGGACUCUGUGGUGGUUUAUUAGUUCUGAUAUAUUUGUAAAUUCAUGGAAUGGAUUAGUGUGUGUGGGAAGCACUUAAACUUGAAAGCUGACAUUAUCCCUUAAGCCCAUUGUGUAGGUUUUCUUUUAUGAAGUUGCUGUAUUGUGAAAGUAACCGCUGCAGUUGGGUUUUUUUCUACUGUAGACUAUAAGGUUUGCUGAAAAUGACAAGAGCUUGAAGAUCUUUUCUAUAGCAAAGAGGACAUUUGAAGCCCAAUGGAGAAUCAUUUUAAGUGACCGUUGUGCUACCCUCAACCUCUUUAUUUGUUAAUGUGACAUGUACAUUUUUUACUGUAUAAUAAAAAGAUAACUUA